UUUCAAUCGAGAAGAAACUAAAAGGUAUUGAAAGAAGAUGUCAAAAAAGAAUUUAUUAUUCUCAGUUGACGAAAGAAAGAUGAAAUGUGAAUUAUGUUUAACUUCGUGGUAUGGGAAUACUCCUAAAGUUCUUAAUUGUGAACAUACAUUUUGCAGUUCUUGUCUGGAAAGUAUCGUUCUAUUAUUCUUCGUCAGAUGUCCUACAUGUAAUAAAGUAACUGAUUUGGAAAUGGGAGGAGUUGAACAUUUACCCAAUCAUUUUAUUGAUAAUGAUUUCCCAUUGUACGAAGAAGAAGUAUGUAAUAUUCACAAUAGAACUCUAUUAUAUCCAAAGCUGGUUUGCGUUUCUUGUAAGAAGAUUCUGGCAUGUAUAGCUUGUAUUGAUCUUGAUCAUACGAAAGAAUCAUGUUCUAUAAGAUCUUACGAUAGCGCUUAUCAAUCUCAAAGGCAAUUCCGCAGAGAAUAUAUUUCAAAAUUGAACGAAGCUGAAGAAUCAUUUUUGGCUAAUAUCCUUCAAACUACAGUAGAUAUUGAGAGUAUGGAAAGAAGUUGGCAUUCCAAAUUAUCUAUAAAAUUAAGCAAUAUAAUUGAUACAAUCGACAAUUACGAGCAGAAUAUCUUAAAAGUGUUCAAGAGAUCGUUGAAGAAAGCUGAAUAUCCUUUGACCACCGAAGAUGUAGAGAAAGAAUUGAAAAUGUUGGAAGAUUUAAUGAUAGAUAUAUUUAAUCAGCCGAAACUAAUCAUUAAACUCGGUUUAGAAUUUAACGAGUCAAUUAACUCUGUUAAGGAAAUGAAUAAUUCACAACAGAUGUGUGAAAAUGAUGGAAAAAAUGUUCAAGUUCACGAUCUAUGUCAAUAA